UCAGUACCUUUCCGUUUGCCCCGCGUGCAGUGGAUAAAUACCAAGGUAGUGCCACCACACUCCAGUCACAAGGAAUAACGUUCAUCACUUCACACGUCGUCAAUGAUUACUUCUCGUGCCACGUGAAGCUGGGCGGAAUGAAUCUACAAAGAACGUUCCAGUGCGCUUUGCUCCAAUCUCGAUGGGUGUUCUUUCUUCUCCAGAUAAUAUCUUUAUUCAGAGUUGGAGCGCCCACAGCCAUCAAGAACUCAAAUAAUGACAGGCCGUUUUUCGUCGAGCCAGUGCCUAAUAUUACAGUUCCUGUGGGCAGAGACGUCAACAUUCCCUGCGUUGUCGACAGUCUGGGAAAUUACGGAGUGGCCUGGAUAAAGGUGGAAGACAAAGUUAUUCUUUCCAUUUAUAAAAAUGUAAUAACGAGGAACUACAGGGUCAGCCUAACGCAUAGCGACAACAAACAUUUUGUGCUGCACAUUGCAAAUAUUCAAGAAUCGGAUCGGGGUGGAUACAUGUGUCAGGUCAAUACUACACCAAUGAUGAGUCAGACGGGAUAUCUUGAUGUUCAGACACCACCAACGAUAGUCUCUCUCGAGACCGACUCCAAUAAAACAGUUCGAGAGGGUGUUAACAUCACAUUACGUUGCAGAGCUGACGGCCAACCCACUCCAAACAUUACCUGGCGGCGAGAAGACGCAGGACGCAUACCCUUGAUAACAGAGACUGGCAAAAGAAUUUCAGUGCACUCAUUCGAAGGAGAAGAGCUCCAGCUUCUACGGAUUAGCCGGCUUCACAUGGGUGCCUAUCUUUGCAUUGCAUCCAAUGGGAUUCCACCAUCCAUAAGCCGUAGAAUCCUUAUAGAUGUUGAAUUCCCACCGGUAUUGUGGGUACCGAAUCAAAUAGUCAGAGCUUAUCUGGGAGAGCGAGUUCUUCUUAGGUGUUACGUUGAGUCUUACCCAAAAGCCUGGGGUCAUUGGAAGAAAGAUGCAACACCUAUCAACGAUUCACUUUUGAUCCUGUCUAGCGAAGUGGAUCGGGGAUCGUACAAGCAACUUUUUGUUUUACAUAUUUCUUCUAUAGACGAAGAAUCUUUCGGUACUUACGAAUGUAGUGCGAGAAACACGUUAGGGUGGGCUAAAGGAAACAUAACAUUAUAUGAACGCCCUCGAGCACCUACUACGACGGCGGAACCUUUAUUAAUGGAAAAUCAGAGACAAGUUUAUUACGAGCCAAACAUCCCUCCUUCAACUCCAGUACAGCUUACUUCGACUGUAACUUUCGCUGCUGUCAAAGACCAAAGAAGUUUGGGACAUUCAGAGCAAACAAAGAGAAACAACAUUAACUCCGGUUCUUCCACGAAGUCAGUUACAUUCUUGUUCGUAUACUUCCUCUACUACGUUAGUUUCACAGGGAAAUUCAGUCAAGACUUUUAGCUUCGUGUAAAUGUGAAACAUACAGAAGUGUAUAUUGAGUAAAACUUGAUGGAUACACGCGAAUAAAAAUGUCUACAUGUUUCUCGGUGUUACGAAGAUGUUUAUGCUUGUUUCACUAUUCAUUCUUACGUAUAAAUGUAUAACAGAAUAUUCGAAAUUUCAAACUUGAUUUUAAAAGGGUUAGCUCUGACAAACAAAUGUUAAAUAACAUAUUUUGUUUAAGCCUCUGCGUUGUACGUUCCUAGAAACCUAAAAAAGAAAAACUCUGAUUCACACUUUUUACCUCAUUGUUUUACUUCAGGCACAGAUGUGUCAAUAAAAUAACGAACGUUCACAUCUGUUAAUUCAAGAUUAGAUUAAUAACGUUUUCACUACAGCGUCA